UGACUUCCGGGACCUGUAAUCAAUAGUUCGACGAGAUAGAAUAAGUUGGCAGGAGGUUGGACGUAUUACAAGGUUUAUGUGGUUUAUAGUGCUUUUGAGAAUAGUGUUAUAAAAAGUAAUGAACAUUUUUAAUAUAUUUACGAAGUAAACUUCUUCACUUAUCCACGUCAUUCCUGUGAGUUCUUUCUGGGAACAAGGUUAAUGUGUACUAUGUAUUUGUAAAUCUUACCGGAAUGUUCUUUGUGCUGUCAAACUACGAUUAUUUCGCACCAGAAAACUAUUAUUUUAAAAUAGUUUUUAUUUGUGUUUAACAAUUUGUCUAAUAAGAAGCAACACAUAAUGGAAGGCAACUACAGUGGAUUUUCUUUAUAUCACAAUGGAGGGCCAAGAAGAGAAAAUGAUUUUGGGAAACUUGCUCAGACUGUUGGCACUAAUAUUCAGAAAAUCUCACAAAAUGUUUCAUCUAUGCAGCGUAUGGUUAAUCAGUUGGGUACCCCUCAAGAUUCACAAGAACUACGAAGUCAGUUGCAACAAAUACAGUCUUACACACAGCAGCUGGCCAAGGAUACAAACGCAAGCCUGAAAGAGUUAUCAAGUAUUACAACAGCUAAUCCAGACCAGAGGGAAUGGAAAGCCCAGAAAGACAGACUUGCUGAUGAGUUCACUACAGCUCUUAAUUCCUUCCAAGCCUCACAAAGAGAUGCAGCCCAUAAAGGCAAAGAACAGAUUCGGCGAGUGAGGGCCAGCUCUGGAAUAGGUGAUCCAUUUGGAGGUGGGAGAUUUACUGAUGAAUUAAUUGAAUUGCAAGAUAAUUCCAGUCGCCAUCAGGCCCAAAUUCAAGAAGAAAUGAACUUGCAGAUGCUGGAAGAACAAGAACAAUCUAUUCGAGAAUUAGAGAGCAAUAUUAGUGACAUCAAUCAAAUUUUCAAAGAACUGGGUGCUCUUGUCCAUGAACAAGGAGAAGUAAUAGAUAGUAUAGAGGCCAGUGUGGAGAAGACAGAAGUAUAUGUAAGUGAAGGUCACAAUCAGCUCCGUCAAGCCAGUAAUUAUCAGUCUAAAGUUCGAAGGAAGAAGUGUAUAUUGGCUAUUUGUCUGGCAGUCAUCUUGUCCAUAAUUAUUGGGAUUAUUAUUUGGAAGACUUCAUGAAGUCAUGAUAAGUGAAACAUCUGCACAUAUGAAGCUGGAGAAUUUCUCCUUCAUAUAUAAUGAACAUGUAUAUACAGAAUGUGGUUGAAAUUUUGGGUAAAUGUACCCUAGAGCAAUGUUAUAUAAUAAAAUAAUUUGUAUAUACUGUCUAUCAAGUAAAUCAAAAGAAUUUUGUAUUGUAUAAACAUUAAUUGCUGCAAGACUUGUAUAAAAAUAGGAACAUUGGAUAAAAUUUUGAUAUUCAAACUCUCAGAUAUUAAAUAUUGUACGUAUAGAUACAAAUCUGUAUUUCCACUGUGUACAUUAUAAAUGUCACUUGUUUAUUGAUAUAUCUGUAUAAUUAUAGUUGCUAAGUGAAUCUGCCUUGCAAAAUGAUAUUAAUAAAAAAAUGAUACCGGCAGUAAUGGAUACACAGUUGGUAAUAAUGAUGAAGAUAGUGAGUAAGCUGUUAUAUUUGUUCUGUGACGGUUGUAAAUUUCUGAAAAUAUUUUGGUAUCAGAUUCUAAAUAUGAUGCUGAAAUGUAUGGCAGUUGUGUCAUUGUUCUUUGUUACAUUGACAUAGAAGAAUGAUGUGAGAAUGACCAAGUAAAAUAAGAAUGACAUAAAGGACUAUUUUUGGAACCUAUGCUUACACCUGUCUGAUUGAUUUUCAAUGCAUCUUUUAGUUCCUUAAGUUUAGUCAUAAGAGUUAUAAGAACAUUAUGAUUUCCAUGGGAGAUUGUCUUCUAUUCACAAUAUAUUAUAUAAAACCAACUUAGUUUCCUUUAUUGUAAAAGUUGUGUUCAAAAAUAUGGGGCAAGUUUACAAACAUUCCAGACAAAAAUUAGUUUUAAAAUUUCCAUUAUGCAGAAAUGAUGAGCAUGAAUGUCCCUAUACCAUACACAACCCAAUACAUGCCAAUUAGAUCCAAAUCCUUGAUGUACUGGAUGGUGGAGGGUAAUGAAUGUAUAUAAUAAAGUAGGUAAUAUAUAAUUGGAAGGCUAAGAGGAAGAUCAUAAUAGUUAUUUUUAUAUUAAGGGAGUGAAUUAAUUGUUUUUGGUAAUGAUUGAGAUUUUUUAGUGUAGUUUUUUUUAUUCCAAAAGUUAAGGCUAAAUAAUUGAGAUCGAAAUAAGAAGCACUUAUAAUUUCACUCACGAAAUAUAAACAUUUUUUCUAUGAUCGUAUGAAAAUGCUUGUUUUAGAAUCAUAUGUUUCAUCUCUUAAGUCUUCAUUGUUUACCCUGUUCACAUUUGUUAACAAACGGAAGAAACGAAUGUCAGGGAGUGUAGAGGAGAUGCGAGAUAAUGAAUGGUGUGUGGUGAGGAUGGACAAUGAGGACAUAAAUGUGCAUAGGUAACGAUGGUAUGCCAAAAAGUCUUGCACUGAGAUGUCACUUGUGAAAGAUAUUUUUUGCUCUCGGAUGUCAUGUUUUUUAAUGUCUUCAUAAAAGACUAACUUCACACAGACUCAGCGGUGUAGAAUCACUCUUUUAAUGUGAUUAAGGAAAAAAUUAUUUUGUUUUCUAUUAAAAACACAUAAACAGUAUCCGAAGAAAAAACUUAACUUCCAUAUACUGAAAGUAAAACUCCUCGUCUUUAUAAAUAUCAAAAUGUUUUACGGUUCAUAAUGUUAAUAAAUUUUGGGGCCUUAGAUUUAGCAAGUUGUAUACAAAAUGUAAUUUUAUUAAAAUUUUGUUUUCUUUAUUGCUUUAUGCACUAAGACUGCAAGUUCUGACUGAUAACAAGUAAAGAUAUACAAUGGUAACAAAAAUCUUUUUAACAGGCAAAUAUUGCAUCAAUUUUGCUUUUAGUGAUAAUUUAGUAUUAUUUUGCAGGUAUUAGCUGCUAAAAAGUUUUCCUUCAAAAGCUAUAAUAAAAAAACUAUUGACUUAACGAAUGAACCCCAUCUUCCUACCCCUUUUUUAUCAUUUUAUUUAAGAAAUAUUCAUACUAUAAAAAUUUGAGUGAAUAGUCAUUUAACUUUAAGCAAUUUUCAUAAUUAUUGCUGUACUUAAUGUACUAUGGACUGAAGAAAAAAAUACUCUUGAAAGAACCUAUCUUCCUCUUAUCUUGGAUCAUCUCUGAAUAGAAAGAAUCAAUUUGAUUUCCCUAUUACAUAGCUAAAAUUAUGUUGGUGUGACAUUUUUCCAGUUUUUUUUUCUUUACUUUGGACAAGUUUCAUCAUAUUCUUACAAUGUUUUGACUUAAUACAUUUAUCCCACUGGUUUCUGCUCUGACAUCUGAUUUUAUCCUUCUGAUUACCGCUUGGACUAUUGUUACAUUCAUUAAUGUUGUAUGUUUAUGUCUGUAUUACAUACAUUAAUAAUGUUUUAUUAAUGGCCAUUUAUUAACAUUAUUAAUGUUAUGAUGUUCACUUAGCAGUUGUCCAUAAAUUAUGUAUUGCUUAAAAAGGGGGAGGGAGUGUGAGGCAGAGUUACACUGCAUUUCAAAAGGUAGUGAGGUGAUAGUUUAGUGUUAGGUCACUGAUAUGUAUUUUUUUAUAUUUCAAUAUUUACUGAAUUAAUUCUUUUUGUUUGGAUCUAUACUAAAACUAAGAAAACAUUGAAAGGUUAAGUAAGUAAAUUAAAAAAUAUGUAAAUAAAUUAAAAAGUUAUGAUGAAUAAAUUGUUUAAAUAAAAGAUAAAAUUUUGAC